AGAAAACACGAUGGAUUCAUUCGUUCAAGGACCCACGGAGGAAAAUGAGACUGAAGGUCAGGCUGCAAAACGCAUACUCCUACAGAAGGGACUGGAAUUGAGGUCAAAGUUCAGAGUCAAAGUUUUCAUCCUUGUCUCAGAAAAUGAUCAGCCGUCUGAGUAUUUCGGCAGCAGUGAUUUUGUGAAUGAAUAUCAGUCUGUUGGAUUGAAAUUUAAGUCACACGACGUUGAGAUAUUUCCGGAAAUGUCCGGUGAGUUGUAUCCUGAAGCUGUGAAUUUGUGGCCAAGACAUCAAUCGUCAAAACCCAUAGAUGGCUCAGCAGACAACCAGCGUAAAGACGAGUGUCAUGGAAUACAACGUACGAAUGUGUCAGGCGCAGUUCUUUGGCAGCAUGAACCAAGAACUUCUAGUACCCACACAAAAAUUGGAGAGGGAGAAAGUCGCAGGAAAAGAGUUUUCAGAGAGCCUCAUGGAGACCAGGAUGUUUCAGAAUGUGGUGUUGAUAAUAGUGAUGAUGAUGCAGGUACAAAUCUUGAUGACAGUAAUGUAAAUUACAGUCUGGAUGUUGAAAAUACAGAAGUACAGAGAGCUCAUGAAACUGAGCAUCAUUUUGAAAUUGGCGAAGUAAAGAGACAUAUUAAGUUGAGAUUUAAGCGCAAGAAAGUGAAGCGCAACAUAGGCGGUGAUAGUGGAGGAAAGCAGAAAAGGAAGUUAGGUACAAAAAGAGCUAUAAAAGAACAAGAGAAACGAAACAAGCUGAGACAACUCAUACAAGAACCAAGAGAAGAUAGACCAUUUGUAUGUGAGAAGUGUGGCCGAUGUUUUGCCAAUCUGUUGUCUCUGCAGGUGCAUGAGUCCAAUGCAUUUUGCUCUCAGCGAACUUGUCGUUUCUGUGAUGUAGGUCCGUUAUUGCACAAAGAUUGGCAGAACCAUAUGCUAGAGAACCAUCUAUCACGCAUGUCAGUGUACAAAUGUGGGACUUGUAUGCGAGAAUUUAUGCAUAACCAUCUGUUGAAAAAGCAUCUCGAAAAAGAACACUCAGUAAAAAAUGAAACCUUUAAAUGUUUAGUAUGUGGGAAAGAAUUUCUUGUGAAAUCUUCCUUGGCAGAGCACCAGCUCAACCACAAGAAACUUGAAAAGACUUUUCCUUGUCAGUCUUGUAACAAAAAAUUUGUCAGUGAAAAGAGAUUAUUGCGACACCAAUAUGUUCACAAGGCUAAGAAUCAUGAAUGCGAAAUCUGCAAAGAACGUUUUCUAAACUCCUCUAUUCUUAUGCUGCAUAUUCGGAGAACUCAUACGAGAGAGGGAUUGAUGAAUUGCUGUAUUUGUCGCAAAGGUUACAUGUCCAAGUAUGAAUUAAAAGUCCAUCAGAGCUUGGCGCAUAACAUGUUUGAACAGUUGCUUCCUUGUGAGCUUUGCGGGAAAACAUUUACUCACAAUCGCCGACUGCAAUUGCACAUGAAAGUGGUACACAGCACGCAGCCUGUACAGUGCAAGAUAUGUGGGAAGCAGUUUAAAAAUCAGCAUCGACUGAAAGGUCACAGCUACACCCAUGCAGAGAAGAAACUAGAAUGUGAAAUAUGUCACAAGUUAUUUGCUUUAAAACACCAUUAUCAAAGUCAUAUGUUAGUCCACAGUGAUGAAAAACCAUGGCAAUGUAGUGCGUGUGAUUAUAGGUGUAAACUGAAAGAAAAUCUGAAAAAACAUUUUGUUAAACUUCACCAAAAACCUCAAAUUAAUAAAUGGAUAAAGGAUGACAUAGCAGCUGAUCAAAAAUAG